GUAACAAAGGCUACAACCACUACAUCACCUAAAGUAUCACAAACACUUGGUGCUUUUUUGUCAGAGGAUGCUAAAAAAUUUGGGCAAGUCAGAUUCUUUACAGUUGAAGGUUCCUACCAAUAUUAUAAUACUGUAGAUCCAAAUCAUGGAAAUGACGUUAGCUUAAAACUAUUUGGUUUUGUAAUUCGAUAUUUUUUAAUUCUUCAAGCAAAUUAUUUUGGAGCAUUUAUAAAUUUCAUGACAUUAGAUGAAUAUAAUGACUCAAAAAAGCAAAAAAAUCAUUUAGAAUAUAUAAAACCACUAGCAGACCCAUUCGAAGUUUAUAUGGCCAUUAUUAUUGAAAAUGGUACUUUAUAUCUUCCAGAGAAUUUAUAUGACGCUCAAAAGAAAUCGGUAAUACAAUUUCAUGAAUUACAACUUGAUUUAAGAAAUUUAGAUAUUUAUAUGGAUUUAAACAUAUAUGCUCAUCGAUUAUUUGGACCGUUACCAGAAACAGCAACAUAUGUUUGUAACUGGGAUAUAAACAUUGACACUAUAUCUGGACAAUUAAAACCAUCGUUUUUAAUAAGUGCUGGCUCAUUUGCAGAAUCAUUUGUUUAUCAUUAUAUUGAUGAUGAAAAUGCGCUGCCUGCCGAUUUUGCGGCUCCUUUGUAUCCAGAUGUGGUUUUUGUAGAUUUUAUCGUAAAAGAAAUUGAUGUCUCCAUUUGGUGUCGUGAUAGUAGAACCCAAAUACUUCUAGAGGAAGGUCUUAACGUUAAAUUUGAUGAUUUGGCAAAUGAAAAAUUCCUUCAAAGAACUGUCGUUAACCUGCCAGAUUUAAACUAG